AUGAGCCUUUCAACAAGUGACUCAGAAAACCUCUCACCUAAAGCUGCAGCUUUUUCUAUCGCCAGCCUGCUAACUAAGACUUUUGAUGAAAAUUCCAGCACUCGAAAGACAAGUGAACUCAAUCCGCCCUUAAUAGAUCUCAAAGAGAAAGGAAAUUGGUGGAAGGACUGCCAACGUGAUAAACCAGCACAAAAGACGAAAUCACCUUCGUUCUUAAGGCUGGCGAGUGAAGAUCAUUCUAUUAAGAACAUUUUGAACAACGAACAGCCGCUCACUGAGAAAUACGGAGAGAUAAAAAGAAGUGGAAUAAGAAGAAACACAUCAAUCCUUGAUCCUUUACAGCAGUUUGCUGCUUGUUGUGACUUGGUUAGAAAUCUAGACACCUUCAAGAACACUUCAUCGUAUUGCCCUCCCCAGAGGAGAGUUAUGGAGUUGCACCGAGAGGUACAAGUCGCUAUGCAACAAAGUGAUCUGUGGUGGAAAUUCUACGCUUGCGGUACAGAGAUGGUGAUUACGCGCACAGGAAGACGGAUGUUUCCCACACUUGCGCUGUCUUUCCUCGGAAUGGAUCCUCGUUGCUAUUACUCAGUGCAUGUUGACAUUGUCCCUGUAGAUGGGUACGCGUAUACGUUUGUGAACAAUAUGUGGCAAAUAAACGGAAUGGCAAGCGAGAUGCACGCCUUACCCUACAUACAGUCUUACCAAGCGGAUGAAGUCGCUCAUACAGGGCUCUACUGGAUGAAAAAUGGCGUAGACUUCAAGAAGGUUCGUCUCACAAAUCGUCGCGUUGGCCCAUUCAAAGAUGGCGAGCUCCAUUUGAGUCCAAACAGAAAAUACCAGCCAAGAAUUCAUGUUGUUGAAGAAACAGAAGAAGGUGUAAAGGUUUCAUGCUCAACUUACGUGUUCCCUGAAACAACUUUUAUCGCCGUAACAACUUACCAGAACGAAGAGUUGAUUCAAAUGAAAAUCGACCAUAACCCAUUUGCCAAAGGCUUCCGAGACAAAGGAACAAGACGCAGAUAUCUUCCAUAUGAACAUAGAGAUGAUGUGUCGGAUAGUUCCCAGGCUUCUUUGAGCGCACUCUGCUUUUCAACAACAAGAAAUGUCGAAAGAACACCGGAAACCACGCUCGUACCUGCACCACUUCACUUAAAGCUUCAUGAUUUGUCACAAUACUGAGACUUCUAUCAACAGAGGAAUUUCGCAUGUUUACUUGCUUCUCCUUGCAACGCCAAGAAAUGCAUUAGAUAUGAACUCAGCGAAAUAAAUAUAUAAAAAAAAUAAAACAUGUUGAGAGAAAAGAAAGCAGAAGAAACCUCAACGUAAGCAAAUGUGACAGAACUGAAUGUUUUGUUGAAAAACUUUACUUUUUUUAAAAUACCCAUUAAAAAAAUGCCGUAUCAUGCGAUAUCAACCGAGGUAUUGCCGGUUGACUCGAUCCAGGCCUUCAGUUCGUAAACGGACAGCGAUAAGCAAGCCAAGCUCCCUUACUUUUCGCUGUUAGGUUUUAUCGCGCCCUUAUACAAUUUAGAGAGGGGACUAACGCCGCAUGGCAUGUCAUUGGAAUUUCUGAUUAAGAACCGAAAGUCAGGUUGGCUGACGCGAAUAGGUUUUCCUGUUAAUUUCAAUUAAUGUAUACAAGGAAAAUGCAUUUUGACCAAGAAACAAAGAAAAUUUUUGUAAAAAAUUAACGAUUACGGGAUCUUUUGGCUUUAUUUGAUGCAAAUGGUUAAGUUACACAUGAUAUCAUAAUAAUAAA